CGUCCAUCCAGCGGAGCCGCGGAGUCGCUCUGCAGGGGAGGGAAGGGAUUUCUGCUGGAUCUCCUGCGUGGAGGCUGAGCCCCCCGCAUCCUCUCCAUCCUCCUGCAUCCUCUCCUCCUCUCAUCCUCCCGCAGCUGAUGAGCUGAGGCAGCAGCAGUCCGCUUCUCCCCCGGAGGAAGGAAGGAGUCGCUGGAUGGAGAGAGAAGCCUGAAGAAGGAGAGCGGCGGACUUGCUCUGCCCCCCCCCAUUCCUCCCUCCUGCCCUACUGCACCAAAGGAAAGUCCGGGCUGGCAGCGGCACCAUGUCCUCGGCUCAGAGUGAGGAUGUAUCCGGCUACCAGCUGAGUGUGGUGCGGAACCCCCCGGGCUGGGAGGUGGGGAUCUACCUGGUGGGCUUCCUGGUGCUGCUGGGAGCGGCCGGGAUCAACAUCUGGAAGCUGUGGAAGUCCGGCACCUUCCCCGCGCCAUCGCCCUUCCCCAACUUUGACUAUCGGUAUCUGCAGGAGAAAUAUGGAACGUCCUUCUCAGAGGUCAGACAGAAGAGGGUGGCGGCCAACAACCACCGCCGCACCUCCACCACCUCCAGCCGGAAGCCCAGCCUGGCCCUGGGCGACACCCCGGACGCCUUCAGGGACCUGGGCCACCUGGAGCUGAUGAGCAGGGAGCUGGACCCCACCGGCUCGGCCCAGCUCAGCCGCUCCCUCUCCACCGACUCGCUCACCUCCAUCUCCUCCAUCGCCAACAACUUCGGCCACGACUUCACGGUGGGCCAGCUGGAGGUGACCCUGGAGUUCGAGCCGUCCCGGCAGCUGGCCCACGGGCCGGGGGUGCUGCACAUCACCGUGCACCAGGGGAAGGACCUGCUGGAGAAGGAGGAGGGGGACUUCCCCGGCUGCUUCAUCAGGCUCUCACUGGGGCCCGAGGAGCUCAGCGUGGGAGUCACAAGAGUCAAGACGAACGCUUACACCGUGAUCUUCGACGAACACUUCUCCGUGGCGGCGGACGUGGCCGCUCUGGACGAGUACAGCCUGCGCUUCGCCGCGUUCGGCAUCGAUGCCGAUGAAAGAAACAUCAGCGCAGGCCUGGCGGACCUGAAGCUGUCGGACCUGGACCUGACCAUCAGACCCUUCAACGCCUGGCUCUACCUGCAGGACGUCAACAAGGCCGUGGACGCCGUCGGGGAGAUCCUGCUGUCUCUCAGCUACCUGCCCACGGCAGAGCGCCUCACCGUGGUCGUGGCCAAGUGCAAGAACCUGCAGUGGACCAACGAGAAGAACACGGCAGGUCGGGAACUCGCCUGCUAUCCCUUCGUCAAAGUGUACCUCCUACAAGACGGCAGAAAGAUCAGCAAGAAGAAGACUUCAACAAAGAGGGACGACACGAACCCCAUCUUCAACGAAGCCAUGAUCUUCUCUGUGCCGUCCCUCGUCCUGCAGGAGCUCUCCCUGAGGGUGACGGUCGCCGAGGCCACGGACGACGGCCGGGGCGAGAACCUGGGCCACGUGAUCAUCGGCCCCGAGGCCAGCGGGAUGGGCAUCACCCACUGGAACCAGAUGCUGGCCACCCUGAGGAAGCCCGUGUCCAUGUGGCACCCUCUCCGCAGGAUCUAGUCCUCUCCGCGCACCUCCAACCCCCAUUUUAAUCCAAACACUCACGUCUUCGCGUCCUCUGGGACUGUCGCCUCGUCCGGUGCCACGGGUUUGUUACGGCGUCACAGUCGGGUAGCGUUUAUAAUUCGGUAUGCGUCUCCGUGACGGUGAAAACGCCGGAGCUAGCGCCUCACCUUCGUCUAACGGAGAGGAAUCUUAAACGCUGGUGUUCCACGUGGAAACGAGUGCAUCAUUACUCCCCUACUAACUAAGUUUAAACACUAUCGUUAUCACCCAGCCUCAUCCUGGCCCAGGUGCAUUAUGGGUGAAGCUGGUCUUGAAAACGCCUGUAAGCGGCGAGUCUUCUCGGAGAAAGUGAACGUUUGUUUUUGCUGUCACAGGUUUGUGAUAAAAGAUUUCCGUUUGGACAUUUUGGCGUGAUUUUAAAUUUUAAAAAAAGCAAAAAGAAGCAGCCCAGCCUGGGCGGCCGCCCCCCCUCUGCAUGGUGCCCACUCUGGUUGUAGCCUCGGUUAGCUGGUUAGCUGGUUAGCUGGUGAGAGGACGGCGGUCUGGACGGACGGUCGUGAUACCGGCCCUGCGGGCGGCGACUCCCCGUCUCUGAUUGCAGCAACUCCGGCCGACUUCGUAGCAGAUACAGAGCCGAGUUGAGUUAGUUUGGAGACACUGACAGAUUGGAGAGGUUUUGGUAUGUUUAGUAUUUAUUGUGCUUUUGAAAAUAUCCAGGUACUCUUAUCCAGGUGAAAUAAUUGUAAUUUGUAGCAGUUGUUGCAGGGUGGCCAAAUCCAAUGUAAUCAUCAUAGAAAGUUAACAUUAUUCUAUUUUUAAUGCAAUACUUGUUGCAGAAUCAUACUGAAAACUGUAAAUAGUUGACUAAAGCCGUCUACGCAUCGUCCUUUUUUUUCUUUUUCUUCUUAAUUCUGGGUGCAAAUCACAUUUUUUGCAGGAUUACAAUUAAUGAGCACCUAACUCCAUCCACAAAAACACUAUAUAAAAACAUAAUUUCACUGCUGAUCAAUUAACUAUCAUCAAAAACACCUCUGGGAAUUUUACCUGUGGCAUAAAAUAUUAGUACUAACUCCUUUCUAGAGGUUUAUUUUAUGUCCGACAAAACACCUCGAUAUCCUGAGUGAGUCGUUUCUCACCAGACUCUUGUCAAAUUCCAACUUCACCUUUUGAUGUUAAGCAAAAGGUAGCCGGUUCAAGUCAUUUUGCUGCUUUCAAACUAAGUGGUAAUACGGCUAAAAUGACAACAGUGUGACAAGCGUCUUGACAAGCUCAGAAUGUCAAGGUUUCAUCGGUCUCAGAUAUUCUCUACAACAUUGUGCAGUAGUGUUGUAACUUUGGAAAGUGACUUCUGUAACAUGUGUAACUCUUGAAGCAUAAUCAGUCCCAUGCAUCGUUGUUAUUUGUGUUUUGAAUUUUGCGAGUGGAACCUGUUCGCUCAAGUUCUGACAGCAUUUCUCACCUCACUUUGAAAAUCUAUCCAAAAAUAACACUCCUGUAGUCAUAUAAUAGACAAUAUUUCCUACUGUGCCAAAUAAUAAAGCAAUAUUUCCAUUCACAGUCAGCAUUUGCAUUCGAUUCAAUAAAAGCUGUAGCUUACAUUCGACCAUGCAUGAAGUUAUUUAGCACUCGAUGUGAAUGUGCCUCAAGAAUACAGUGUAUUGUGUGAAUGCUGUUUCAAAUAA